AUGGGACGACGGAAAAUUGAGAUACAGCCGAUUACUCACGAGAGGAAUCGGUCGGUAACCUUUCUAAAACGCAAGAACGGGCUCUUCAAGAAGGCGUACGAGCUAGGCGUUCUGUGCUCCAUCGAUGUUGCUGUCAUUAUAUUUGAGGAUCGCCCAGGUCAUGAACUCAAACUGCACCAGUACUGCUCAGGAGAUAUCAGGGACAUCGUACAGCGUCAGUUAAGGCACGCCGGCGAGAAGGAUCUCAAGGGACCCAACGACUUUUCUGGGACGGCAGCUGUAGAUGCGGACGGUGAUGACGAUGCACCGGAAGAGGAGGAGGAGCCACCUGCAUCUUCACGAGGGAAGAGAAAAGCGGCUGUGGCCGCAAAUGCGAAGUUGAGCAUGCCAUCGGAUAUCGACCCUGAAUACAAGCCCUCCCACCGAAAUGGGCCGUCUUCAGCACCACGCACUCGCAGAAAUGCUUCUGCAGCACCUACUUCAUCCCACCACGGCCGCUUUGACGACAACAACAGCGUCAGCUCUCUUUUACCCGUCUCCAACGACCGUGUCUCCAGCAUUCGCGAAUCUCUACCCCGUGCCAGCAAGCGGCUCCGUACAGGCGAGCCUGCUCGUUCGACACGGUCGACCGCCCAUGUCAGUGCACCCAGUCGCUCGCCUUCGACGGACGGACGAGCACCAUCGGAGCUCUAUCUCCCUGAUACGUCGCAAGGGUCGCCUGGAGGACGGUUUGGGCGACACCAAGAUCCAGGUCUGGCGCUGCAGCAUCCAUACUCGGGCCAGGGGUUCAACCAGCCGUAUAACCCCCUCUUUCCGACGGGCAGCCACGCAUCGCCGCCACCGCAGGGGUUCGGGGCUGGACAUCCCUAUGGUGUUCGGAAUGGAUACGGCCAUCAAGAGGAGUACGACCGCUCUGGUGCAUACGGACAACAUUCCGGGAUGAUGCGUCCACCGCAGCACCAGACGGGCUAUCCACACCAGAUGAAGGAGGAGAGGUUUCGAGACGAACGCGAUGCGGAGAGAGGGAGGUUUGGUGCCGGUUCCGGUGCCAGCUUCGACCGAGGACGGCCAAGACAGGUGCAGACAUGUUCGCAGUGUUCCUUGAGGCGGACGAGAGGAGUCGACAGAUGGAAGCUGCGCAGGCCCAACGCGAACAGCACCAGCAGAACCAGAUACCGAUGGAUCUAG